GUUAAAUUAUUAAAACCGGUUUUAGAACGGACAGCAACCCACAUUGUCCAACUAGAUUAAAAAGUAAAUUGAGGCUGGAGAUUAUUGCAGACUUCCUUCCGCAAUUAGUGGAGUCCUGUGAAGUUUCACAGUACAAUCUUAUCUAUAACGGAGAUGCAAAUGCUACCGAGUUCAGUGCGGUUUGACCCGUAAUUGGACAAGGUGUUGUAUUGUUAGCAUAACUGUAUAAUGACAGAAGGACUGCAGUAUUCAAACUACAGCAUUUUAAUUCUUUUUUCAUUCAUUCAUUCAAACAGUGCUCCAACGGAAAAAUAAAGCAGGACGGCAAGUCCUACGAACGUUUAGCCUGCGCCGACCUGGCUCUAAAUGUAGCUCUCCCGGACCGCCGUUCUUCCUCUUCUUUUGCCUCCGACGUCUUUGGAUCUAACGCCAACUCCUCCUCCUCCUCUUCUUCUAAUUGGCUGCGAGAAGCCGGUUUAGGGAAAGCCGCAAUAAAACCCUACCGCCGCCGCCACCUCCCUUGCUCUCACCCCUAGGAGAAUAAAGCUAGCCUGUACCACCCGACUGUGUAUGCGGGGGUGCGUGUGUGUGCCUGGCAUCAGAAAAGAGGCUGUAAGCGUCCGCCUCCUUUCAUCCCGAGUCUGAAGAGCCGCGCGGUGAGGGCUGCCGGUCAGGUGGCUGCGCAAACAACACCUUUGCCGGCCUCUCCCCUUUAGCGGUCGCGCCACCCCCGUUCCGGGAGAGAGUGCGGGAGCCGGCCAAGAAGCCCCGCCUUCGGCACACUCGCACCGACACGCGCGCGCCGCUCUCUCGCGCCGUGUCUAUUGUGAAGCUUUGUGCCGAGGAAAGAUCCGCGCUUUCUCCUUCUCUUCUCCACCCCCCCCCACCUCUUCCUCCGGCUGCUCAGUCUCUGCGCCCCCCCCCCGUCCCGGACUCUCGCGGACAAUCGUCCGCCAGGGGUGGGGGCUCCCUCGCGGGGCGCGUUCGAACUUCCAACCCCAACGGACCCGCCGGGCACGAGCUCCCCGGACCCAGAAAGGAGAAGGAGCUGACGGGAAAGGGGGAGGCUGUGGGAAGAUGUAAAAAAAAAAAAAGGGGGGGGGAGUGGCGGUGCUAGUGGUUAACGCCGAGACGAAGGCGAGGAGCCGGGAUUCCUUCAGCAGAAGACGCGGUGAAUUCCAGCCUUGAGCGAAUUCCAGGAAAAAAAAGGAUUCUGAUGGUUGGACCUUGGCAGCCUACCUUCACACUGCAAGUCAUAUACUAACUGAAAUUCUCAGGACUGGUACCUGCUUGAUAUUUCAAUAUGCCACUGGUAAAAAGAAACAUAGACCCUAGAUAUCUUUGCCAUACAGCUCUGCCACGAGGCAUCAAGAAUGAAUUGGAAUGUGUUACUAAUAUUUCCUUGGCAAAUAUAAUAAGACAAUUAAGCAGUCUAAGUAAAUAUGCAGAAGAUAUCUUUGGAGAACUUUUCAAUGAGGCACAUAGUUUUUCUUUCCGAGUGAAUUCCUUACAAGAACGUGUGGAUCGUUUAUCUGUCAGUGUUACACAACUUGAUCCAAAGGAAGAAGAGCUUUCAUUGCAAGAUAUAACAAUGAGAAAAGCUUUCCGAAGUUCCACAACUCAAGAUCAACAGCUCUUUGACCGCAAGAGUCUUCCAAUCCCUUUGCAGGAGACUUACGAUACAUGUGAACAGCCGCCACCACUCAACAUCCUUACCCCUUACAGAGAUGAUGGAAAAGAGGGUUUAAAAUUUUACACAAAUCCUUCAUAUUUCUUUGAUCUAUGGAAAGAAAAGAUGUUACAAGAUACAGAAGAUAAAAGAAAGGAAAAGAGAAAACAGAAGCAGAAGAAUCUCGAUCGUCCUCAUGAACCAGAAAAAGUGCCACGGGCUCCUCACGACAGGCGCAGAGAAUGGCAGAAGUUAGCCCAGGGAGCAGAACUCGCAGACGAUGAUGCCAGCCUUUUACAUAAGCAUAUUGAAAUUGCUAAUGGCCCUGCCUCACAUUUUGAGACCAGACCGCAGGCAUAUGUGGAACACAUGGAUGGACCCUAUUCUCUUUCUGCAUUACCAUACAGCCAAAUGAAUGAACUUCUUAACAGGGCAGAAGAGCGUGUUUUAGUAAGACCACAUGAACCUCCCCCACCCCCACCAAUGCAUGGAGGAGGAGAUGUGAAACCCAUUCCACCCUGUGUUAGCUCUACUGCAGCUUUGACAGAAAAUCGCCCUCAGUCACCUGCUGCUUGCAGAACUCAAGUCUUUGUGAGUCCCACUCCUCCCCCGCCUCCUCCCCCUCUUCCGUCUGCUCUAUCUACUUCUUCAUUAAGAUCGGCAAUGACUUCCACACCUCCCCCUCCAGUGCCACCUCCUCCCCCUCCUCCCACCACUGCUUUACAACCUCCAGCUGUCCCUCCACCCCCUGCACCGCUACAGAUUGCUCCCGGAGUUCUUCAUCCAGCUCCACCUCCCAUAGCCCCUCCCUUAGCGCAACCCUCUCCUCCCAUCACUAGAAUUGCCCAAGUCUGCGAGCCCGUUCCAGUUCCGCCAAGUGAAAUGCAAGGACUCCCUCCGCCACCGCCUCCUCCUCCACUGCCCCCUCCUGGUAUUCGUCCCUCAUCACCAGUUUCAACUCUUUCUCACCCGCCCAGCUCUACUGUCCCAGGCCCUCACCUUCCCAUAUUGCCUCCAUCCCCACCAUCCCAAGUCACUCCUGUUCCUGAACCCAAACGACACCCAUCAACACUACCCGUCAUCAGUGAUGCCAGAAGUGUCCUCCUUGAAGCAAUACGAAAAGGUAUUCAGUUGCGUAAAGUUGAAGAGCAACGUGAACAAGAAGCUAAACACGAGCGUGUUGAAAAUGAUGUCGCCACCAUAUUGUCUCGCCGCAUUGCUGUGGAAUACAGUGAUUCAGAAGAUGAUUCAGAAUUUGAUGAAGUUGACUGGUUGGAGUAAAAUGAUUAUACGCUACAAAACUGAAUGCUAGUGUCCAUUGUGGUGCUUGUUCUUUGAAAAUGUUUGGUCAUUUCUAGUGUUUUUGUAUUUUCUUUAUAUAAUCUAUGUUUUUCUACUUUUUAUUUCAAAAAAUGUUGGCAUAUCUUUGGAACUAAAUGUUUUACAGUGAGACAGUUCUUUAAAAAGAGCACCAUUUUGCUCCAGUAGACCAUUAAGUAUUAAGCAUGGGCAACUGUUGAUAGAGUAGCAGACUACAUUUUCUGGCAUUUAACUGUGCACUUCGUGAUUUUAAGUUAUGAAGGCGAUUAAGUCUGAAGUUUCAAGGGCAACUGCAUGUACUAAUAAGCUUUAUUAUAUUACAUUGCUAAUGCUGAAAAACCUGGAAGAAAAGGGUGUUCAUCUAUCCGGCACUGCAAUCCAAACAUUUCAAUGGACCUUGAGUAUGAUAUGAACUUGAAGGACUUACACCCUUGUGUAACCCACUGCCUUGAUUACAUCUGUACAGGACUUGUAGUUUUAGCAGCACUGGAAUACUGAAAGAAAAGGGAAAAUGGAUUUUGGGGGAAAUUUAUUGGGUUUUUUUUUAAUUAAAGAAUUAUGGCCUUAUUUGAAUGCUUUGGCAAUUUUCUUUCUUUUUAACCUGUUGUGAUAUUUUCCCUGCUUAAAAUUUUGAUUUUUCUCCCCUUGUGAAACAUCUGACUUAGUCAUUCUGUGUAAUUUAUGUAACUGUUAAAAAUAACUGUUCAGUUUAAAAUAAAUGGUUUGUUUUAAA